GUCGAGUCGGCAGCAGACAGAUCCGGCUGGACGUGAACUUGCGGGGAAGGUCAGGCGACUGCAACAUGGGCCUCUUCUCUAAGAUCAAGCAGGUGUGGGUUUUAUAUCCCGAGCACAUCGUCUCGACUGUUGUGGUCCUUGCCGUGGCCCCGUUUGGCAUUCGAUCGGCGAUCAAGCAACACUACAAGCCCUGGCACUACAGGACGCGCUACACAGUUGUCAGGGAUGACGACCCAUAUGCGAAGGUUCUGGAAGAAGCCUACAAGGACUUUGUCCCCCACAAGCUUCCCAAGUAGGAUACGAGCACAUUGCACCAGCGUAGGAACCCUUGACUGAUCUAAUAAAAUGUCCUUACUGUGAUCGUUUCACAA